CCUUCCCAACCCCGCCCCCAUCCCUUAUCCCGAGGGCUCCCGGCUUCCCGCGUGCGCGCGCGCGUGCGCGGUACCUAGCCUAGCGUAGCCCGGCCCCCGGCUCGCGCUGCCCGGAGCUGCUUCCUUCCCCCAGGUGCCCCCUCCUCCUCCCCGAGCUCUCCCCGCUCCUCAAUCCCGGGACCGCCGGGAUGCAGUGGACGAAGAGCUCGCGCGCCCUGCGAGUGGCCGUGGUGCUGGCCGUCGCGGCCGUGCUGGUGCAGGGCAUCCGCAUCUGGCUGGACUCCAAGCGCUUCGUCUUCCAGCGCGAGGAGAUCGCGCAGCUGGCGCGCCAGUACGCCGGCCUGGAUCAUGAGCUGGCUUUCUCUCGUCUCAUUGUGGAGCUCCGUCGCCUGCACCCAGGCCACAUCCUGGCAGAUGAAGACCUUCAGUGGGUGUUUGUGAACGCCGGCGGAUGGAUGGGCUCCAUGUGCCUCUUGCACGCUUCACUCUCCGAGUACGUGCUGCUCUUCGGCACAGCCAUCGACACUGGGGGCCACUCUGGACGGUACUGGGCUGAAAUCUCAGACACAAUCAUCUCUGGAACCUUCCGCCAAUGGAGGGAGGGGACAACGAAGAGUGAAGUUUACUACCCAGGAGACACCAUUGUUCACGGGCCUGGGGAGGCCACCGCAGUGCAGUGGGGGGCUGGCACGUGGAUGGUGGAGUACGGCCGGGGCUUCAUCCCUUCCACCUUGGGCUUUGCACUGGCCGACACAUUCUUCAGCACCCAGGACUUCCUCACACUCUUCUACACUCUCCGGGCCUAUUCCCGGGCACUGUAUCUGGAGCUCACCACCUACCUCUCCAGCCAGGGACAUUGACCUGCCCCACCCAUUGACACCCCUGUCCCUGCCCGGAACUGAUGAAGGUAGCCUGAGUCUGUGUGAGAUUGAGAUGGGCAGAUUCUCACAAACACAGAGACAGGCCUAUCUCUUAGCGGGGCUGUCCGAGGGCAC